UCCCUGCGACUCUCAGUCCGCUCUCCAGCCGGCCUGACCUCCGCCUUUCCCCGGCCAAACGCCCAGCCAGACCCCGUCAACUCGCCGGGACCGAGGAGGGGGACGAAUAGGUGGGACGACGUCGAGAAAAAUAAAAACCGGGUGUUUGUCUCCACAUUGUUGGAAUAAGAGGAAGGAGAACUGCGUGCCGCAGUGUAGCAUCUCACUGAAUCUCCACACACAGACCACACUUUCUCUUUUUUUUACUUUUUUUUAAACCAUUUUUUUUGUCGCGAGAAAAACUAACUUUUCUCAUCAUGGAGAGAUGUAAAAAUCAGGCCGGACCCUGAACUUGGACUCAAACUGCGCCCCUCGGAGCACAACAAGCAGGCUGGGCGCAUUCAACAGGACCGUUAGGUUACUUUGAGGUGGGACCGGGAGGGCGGAAUCUCUGGAUCAUUUUUGUCUUUAAUCACAUAUUCAGUUUGUUGCCUUAGUUUUUACGCUGUGCCACAAGGGAGGACACCAAAGAUGCUGUGGCGGCUGAGCGAGUGGUUCUGGCAGGAGCGGCUGUGGUUUCCAGAGGGCCUGGGCUGGGCCGACCUGGAGGACAGGGAUGGACGCGUCUACGCCAAGGCCAGGGACCUGUGGGUGGUGCUGCCCAUCACCCUUGUAUUCCUCAUUGUCCGUCAGAUCUUUGAACGGAUGGUGGCUACGCCUCUGGCCUCCCUCCUUGGGGUGAAAGAGACGGUGCGACUCAAAGCCCCUCAAAACCCCACACUGGAGUCCUACUACUGUAACAUUACCAAGAAUCCCACACAGAGUUCAGUAACAAGUCUCUGUAAGCAGACCGGCUAUUCAGAGAGACAAGUGCAGCGAUGGUUCAGGAGGCGGAGGAACCAGGAUAGACCAAGCCUGCUCAAGAAGUUUCGGGAGGCCAGUUGGAGAUUUACCUUUUACCUUCUUGCUUUCAUUGCUGGCCUGGCCGCCCUCAUCGAUAAACCCUGGCUCUAUGACCUGAAGGAGAUGUGGGAAGGUUUUCCACUGCUGACUCUCCUGCCCUCUCAGUAUUGGUACUACAUGAUAGAACUGGGUUUCUACAGUUCUCUGCUCUUCAGUGUCGCCUCCGAUGUCAAACGCAAGGACUUCAAGGAGCAAAUUGUCCACCAUGUAGCCACCAUCCUCCUCAUCAGCUUCUCCUGGUGUGUCAAUUACAUUCGUGCUGGAACCCUCAUCAUGCUGGUGCACGACUCCUCUGAUUACCUCCUUGAGUCUGCAAAGAUGUUCAACUAUGCUGGCUGGAGGAAUGCCUGUAACUACAUCUUCAUCGUAUUUGCAGCAAUCUUCAUCAUCACUCGCCUUGUCAUCUUCCCCUUCCGGAUUAUGUACUGUACAUGGAUUUAUCCACUGACCGUCUAUCACCCCUUCUUUGGCUACUACUUUUUCAAUGGCCUUCUGCUGGUGCUACAGUGUCUACAUAUAUUCUGGGCUGUCCUCAUCAUACGCAUAGCGCUCCGCUUCCUUACCAAUAAUGAAAAAGUGGAUGACGAACGGAGUGACAAAGACGAGACAGACGAGUCCGAAGAGGAAGAGGAGGAGGAGAAAAAGGAGACAAAGAAAAACGGACCGGUGCAGAACGGCCAUGCGGUCCACAACAACCACAGCAAAACAGAAUGAUAGGAAACAACUGUCAGGACAAAAAAAAGAGUAAUAAGGACUCAUAUCCCUCACAGGGGAAAGAGAGAGGGAUAAAGAGAGAGAGAGAGGGUGAAGAAGAGUGGAGAAGGGAUGUGGGUAAGGGAGGGGGUAAGGCAUCCCGAAGUCCAUGAACAGCAGGUAUCUGAAGAAAAUUUGACACUGUUACUCUUGCACAACACAACGAAAACACACUCACACUCAUACACACUUACUUUCGCAGGGCACAGAGAUCCAGCAGAUUAGAAACACUACAUACAAGUGUCACGGCCUUUUACUUACAUUCACACACUUUUUAAAGAAAUGUCGCAUUGGAAAGGUGAUGUGAACCCCUUGACCCGUUUGCCCUAAAACUGAAGAAGACAGGAAGGAAAACUGAGAGGAGCAAAGUGUUGAGAGGACACAGGAGGGGGAGUGCUGCUGCUUCUGUUAUAGCUUUUCUUACCGUAGCUAUGUGCCUUACAGCCAGUCAGUGGCUGUUUUUACAUUUGUUUAAAUGCCAUUUGAAAGCUUUCUGCCUUUAGCCUGUUUUGUUUUUUUUUUUUCAUUGUACUUUUUGUGUUUCCGACUAAAGGAACACAAGAAGGUGGCAGAGUGAGAGUGCGCUUUAUGAAA